AAUGCAGAGAUUUAUGUAGUUGGCCACAUUAUGGAGUUCAUAUAAUGGCACUUUUGCAGUAUGUUUGGAAUAUAACAAAUAUGCAAACUAAUAUCGGACAGCAUUGUUGUUUGUUUUUGAUCAGAUGGCGGGAAGAAUUGUCUUCUCUUAUGAUGACCAGUGGGUUCCAGACUAUUACAGGCUCCAUCCCCUCGUCUGUCACCUGUGUCAUGAGCAAUACAGCCAACUAUGUCUUCUGGGCUGUUACCACAUCUUCUGUGCCAGCUGCCUGCAUGGCAGAGCCAAUGACAAUCACCUCCAUACCCCCCUCUGUGGGUCAGCACAAAACGGGGAGGCAGUCAGCUCUACGUCUUGCCCGUCACCGUCUCUCAGUGAAAUGCCUUUUAGGCGCAGGCCCACCUUUCACAGAUACAUUUGUACCAAGGUGCUGCUGGCCGAGGGCAGAGAGUCACCCUUUACCGAGCACUGCCGCAACUUUGAGAAGAGCUACCGGGUUCUUCAAACAGAAGUCCAGAGGCUGAAGGAUGAGGUUCAGAAGAUGCACAUAGAUCUGACAAAACAUCACUCUCUCGUCAACACGGACAUCAUGGAUAAGAUCUUGGAACGGUCUCUAGUCAUUGAUGAACAGAUCGCGUCUCUGCACUCUGCCGUGCAGACCCAGAGGGUCGUAUUUCAGAAGCUAUGGGAUGUGACCUUUCAAAGAGUAACCAAUGAGGAAGAGAUCUAUGAAGCACAGCUUCAUGACCUUCUGCAGCUGAAGCAAGAAAAUUCCUACUUGACAACCAUUACACGGCAAAUUGGACCCUACAUCUUAUCCAUAGCAAAAGUGAAAGAGCGCCUGGAACCCAGGUUUCAAAAGCCUGAGGAUGAUAGCAUGGACACUGUGAGGACAAUGCAAUGACUACUGAACAAUGCAGCUGCAAUGAGAAGAGUUGCUCAGCAGUCUAUGACAGGGACUCUCAUAUCCUGCCGCCUGGAGAGACAUUACUAAAGAGCAGUGACUUCUGCUGGCAA